AUGUCGUGGCCGUUAUAUUCCUCGACGUCCGCAUCCUCUCCUUUGACUUCCUCACCAUCAUCCGCCUCUUCCCGUAUAUUUCACAUAUACAAUUCAUUUCCGAUACAUUACAAGAUAUCAGAUCCACAGAAACGGCCUCUAUACCACGUUGACAACUCCUACUUCACUCCUGGCACACCGGACCUAAGCCUCUACCGCGGAGAAGAUAGGAGGGGACACCUAGCUGCCGUGUGCAAAUUCGUCUUGUUCUCCACAUGCUCGAAAAUUGGAUUGAUGCCCAAGGCGCAAAAGGACUACCAUGACCACCUGAGCAACGAUGUGUUCAAGAUUGGCCAUGUCAGCACAAGCGCAGAAGACAUGACAUGGGAAGACCUGACACGAGAAAGCCGUGACCAUUCGACGUAUAGGUUCGAGAUGGACGUUCUGGUGCAGAAUAUGAGUCGGGGACCGGAACUUGGACGACGUGCGUUUGUCUGGAAGAGAACUCAUUCAAUGGGAGUGGAAUCUUCAAAACCGUCUAAGCUGAGUGCGUGUAACUAUAAACUCGUUGACGAGGAAAGCGGGAGGAUUAUGGCUGUCAUUGCGAACAACGGGUUGAAGAGCAUGAACAAGAAGGGAAAGAUUGAACUGUUUGACACACGGGAAUAUGCAUUUGCGGGGGAGCAGCUGGAUAUCAUGAUUUUGAUGACAGGUGUCGCCCUGCUAGAAAAGGAGAGGAGAAGGAGAGCACAGCGCAGAUAUGACUAUUACUGA